ACUUCUAUCAAAAAUGGCCUACAAAAAAGUAUUUCCAAUCACUAAAAACUUAACAUUUCAUUCAGCUUUUUACGUUUUAUACAUUUUAACACGCGCGAUUGGUCUCAUGCCUUUAACAGUUCAAAAAGUGAACGGAAAACUAAAAUUAAAUAGUCAAAAAAGUGAUACAGUUUAUUUUCUGGUUUAUUUAACUGCUUGUUUUUUGUGUUCUUCGAUAACUUUAUAUUCGGUGUAUCACAACGAAAUUGAUUAUUACAUCGUACAAUCUGAAAUAGUAUUUCUGAAAUACAGUUGUUUUAUAAUUUUGAUCUACACCGCUUUGUGUUGUUCGUACGUUUUUAGACAAUUAAGCUCUAAAGCUUUUGGAAUAUUAAUGAAUGUCGAUGAAACGCUUUCGGAAAUGAACGCAAUCAUAGAAACAAAGAAAAUAAACACAAUUAUUUACGUAAUGUUUAUCUGGAUGUUUAUUUCGAUCGCUGUAAGAACCUCACUAUCAGUUUUUGUUAUAAAAAUGGAUAUAAUCCUCAAAAUAUCCUUAUUACCAACUACGUAUGUAAAAUCGUUAACGAAAUACAGCUUUGUAACAAUCUUGAUGACGGUGUUAAUUAGAUUCGAAGCGAUUAAUUCGAUCUUAAAGCAUCUUCUAACCAACGAAUUCGAAAAUAAUCGAAAAAUUUCAGAAUAUUUAGAAAAACUAUGCAAAAUUCAUUACAAACUUUGUAAUGUAGCUAGACUUUACAACACGAUAUUCUCUUUUAUACUUUUCGCAUCUUUAGCAAGCACUUUAUGCGACCUCAUAUUUCAAUUGUAUUAUUUGUACGUUGCGUUGGAAAAGAAAUUUGAAUCUACGAAUGUAAUGAUGUUUUUAUAUUCCACAUCCUGGCUUGUUGAUGAUGUUAUUGAAGUUUAUAUUUUAGUUUGUACGUGUUGUUUAAUAAGUGAUAAUGUAAGUAUAUUGUUGUUCAUUUUGAUUUGGUUUGUAACUUUGAGGUUACGAAAAUUAAAGAACAACAAUUAUUAUAAAAUUUUUAUCUACAGAAAUUUAAUUGUUGACGCUUUUAAAAUUUUAAUUAACGUGGAUAACUCGUUAAAGGAUAUGAACACUUAUAUUGAACCCAAUAAAGUUUCAAAAAUUAUCAAUGCGAUUAUUUUAUGGAUGUUUACAUCGCUCUUUAUACGAUGGAUUUUUAGCAUGAAAGCCAUAAAAUUUGAUGUUGUUAUUAAAUUGGGCUGGUUUCCAUCGGCAUAUAUAAAAUCCUUAUCAAAAUACACUUUCAUAGCUUUAAUAAUUCCAAUUAUGGCACGAUUCUCAAAAGUUAAUCAACUUUUAAAGGAAAGUUUUUUAAUAAGAAACGAAGAGUUUAUAUCGAAACGAAUUAAAACUUUAUGUUUGAUACAUUUUAAACUUUGCAACGCGAAUUUAACACCGAUUAUUAUGCAUCAAUUAAGAAAUAAAAUUGAUAGCCCUUUAGUAGCAAGACAAAUUCUAACUUAUUCUUUGCAAAUGUUACACCAAAAAGUUCGAUUUUCUGCAGCUGGGUUUUUCCCAAUUGAUUAUACAUUAAUGUAUUCGAUUGGUGGUGCCGUAUUUGGUUAUAUGGUGAUUUUUAUUCAAUUUGAUCAAAAGCAAGCACAAAUUAUUUGUUCUAAUGAUACUCUAACAUAAGAAUUACAACAGAAUAGUUUUCGUGGUUAAAAAUCAGCUUCACUAAGGCACUCGCUCUACGAGUUAUGGGAAAUUAAAUGUUCAUCCAAGCACCUACUUCUGAAGUUGUACUGGUUUUAGAAUUCUCCGAAAUUCUAUCAAGUACGUUUUCUUCAAACGCCGGUGUUCUGAUGCUUCUUGGAACCGCAUAAUCCGUUUAAAAUAUCCUGUUUCACGAAGACCAAAUUGAUUGAUUACCAAAAGAUUCAAAAAAAUUUAGGCAUAAAGCCAAAUUAUUGUUACCAUUUGCUCGCUCAUAUGCUCUUCAUAAAUAAUUGAUAUCUAGCUUUCAAAAUGUAACACUGUUUUUGUUUGACAAUUAAUUGUUAAGAAACAAAAAGAUGAUAUCUAAUUUGAAAAAAGUUGAUUAAGUCGGGUAAAUGUUUGAAAUAACAAACCAAUUAUUAACAAUGAGUUGAUUUAGAUCGUUCUGAUGCUACCGCAAUUUGUCGUUUAAGCACUAUUUCAAUUGCACCUCAAAGAAAAUGAUUUCUGAUCAUAAGUGGAUUGCUACUACGAACUUCACUUGUAGGCAAAUAUAGGUUAGUUUAUCUUUGGUUCUCAAAUGUAGAUUGUGUUCUCUAUAAAUUAGUCUUUCUUUUGGAGUAUACUCGCCCAACAUUGUAUCCAUGACAUCUACUCCGCCUUUAGUUUUAUUAUAGUACUUGAUUAUUUCAGAAUUUGCUGCUUGUGUGUCUUCUCCAACCAUAAAAGUACAACCGCCUUAUUCUUCUUUGGCACGUAUGAACCAUACUGUUGCAUCCCGAUUAUAAGCAAAACAGUUGAGCAAACUAGUCUUUCUUGAGCUCCCUGCAUAUUGCUUAGUAGAAAUCUUUUGCUUUUUCUUACUGCACUAACCAGUGUCAUAUGCCAAGAGUUCAAGAUAUUUUCCAAUUCGAAACUUGUGAAGAAAUAAACUGUUGUCACAUUUUUUCCUGGCCCCUUAUAAGAUCUUACUAAGUCUAACACUGUUCGUUCACCAACAUUAAGCUGUCCACCAUUAACCUGCACAUUAAGAGACGAAGAUGAGGACCAUCUCAUGGUUUCCCAAGGUAAAGCCUCUGUAAACUUAGUAUGGAAAUAAUUGUUCGUCGAAUUUUUGUUCAGUAUUGUACCAUAUCGGUGCUGCUUUUUCUAGAUUCUGCUUAUUGCCUCUGAACACACCAUUAAAAAUCAAUGCGCCUAAAAAUUCGUCAAAAUCAAUUUGCGUAAACUUUUGAAAUGUCUGCUAUGGUGGCCACUCUAAAAUAUUAGGAAACCCUUUGGAUCAAAUUGGUGUAAGCUUCACCUCUAUUAGCCUUCUGAUUUGUUUCUAGUAAUAUAAUGUUAAAUAUCUUAAUGAUUGCUGCAGGUCCUCCUUUUUGUCAUAAAAUAUUACGAGAACUUGUUUGGCUACUUCAUGGUGAUAAUUAGUAUGCCACACUGCUCCAUCACUUGCUAUCAAAAUAUUGGCAAUACCUUGAUAUUUAUAGUAGAGUAGGAGUACCCGUUGUACAACGUUAAGUCUGAAAGUGAAUACAAAUUACCGGUUGAUAAUCCCAGUAUUCACUUUCACAUUUGAUAUUUAUCUUCAACACUUUCGUCAGAAGCGUAUUUAACUUCUUCCUCUAUUAUCAGUUGUUGUUCAGUAUCUGAGUCCUUUGUGGUGGACAUAUCUUCUAAUGACAAACAUCAUCAGAUGCAACCUGUCUCUUCUUCGUUAUGAAUCAUCAAUAAUUGACCUACUAACCUAGAAUAUCGUUUCCUAUUAUUGCGAUGAACACUCAUAGUGCGCAAUCUUAUGCCUUCGCAUACCAGAGAUGGACCAAACGGAAUAAUCCAUUGGAUUGAGAUCCGGUGGAUUAGACGGCAUCAAGCAUCUUUGGCCCAAAAGACACUCUUCACAAACGGCGAUUGUGCCAACCGAAAUACUCCGCCAUUCACAGCUUCGGAACGUCUCGUAAAACUCGCUGUUAAUAGCUGACGGUGUUGAUCUUGACGUUCUGAUCAAUGAAAACCAACAGCAUUUUCCAUGUAGAGCAGAUCCCGGCCCAAACCAUCACAAAAGCAAGGAAAUGGCUGUUGAUUUCUGCUGCAACAAUUUUUGUCCUUUCUUGAAAAGUUAACAUUGGUGCUGAUGGUUGUGAAUUUUUGAUAAACAAGCGUCAGUGAUCACUCGUCGUGAUUUUUGCAAUCUUUUCAGUUUCAUUAUAUAGUUGAGGAAGUGAAGACAACCGGUCUUGUAGCUUCUAAGUUUUAGCAAUCUUGCGACGAUGUUCAAAUUCCCACCGAUACUGACACCAAGCUCUCUUGCUUUUCUGUAUGUGACUUUCUUCACAUACUUGAGAGACGUGGGAGACCUUUUAGAGGACGCUCCGCAGUCUCUCCAAACUUCUUGUAACGUUUGACAUCAUCGCAAACAGUUUCUAGCAACUUCAUUCCCGAUUUGUGCAGCUCAACAACAAUGACACGUAUAUUUUCAAGAUUAAAUUAAAAAUUAAAUGGCAAAAUUAUAUGAGAAAUUCAAUGAAAUCAUCAGAAUAAACAAAAAAUCACAAUGCCCAUGUCAAUUAACAUCUAAAAUAUGGGAAGAUAUAAUUGUACCUUCGCCGCCUGUUAACUUUGUAAAAUUGUGUUGUCGGACGAGCGUUCAAAGUAAUUUAUUUAAACAGAUUAUGUUUGAUAAUUACAUCUUCAAAUGAGUUAUGGUAAAAUAUAGUUGAUAUGAUACAAAACAAUACAUAUUUUUCCAUGUCAGUUUUAUUUUAAACACAUAAUAAAUACACUUUCAAAUAAACUCUCACGUAAAUGUACGCCAACAGAAACAACGACAACAAUCAAUAGUACCCAUCAAUAAAUAAGAUAAGCGUUAAAUUUAUAUUCUCGUUUAAAUAUUAUAAUGAUUUGUUUUUCAAUUUAAUUUCGUGAAAACGUGAAUGAAGCGCACCAUUUACAAAAAUCGAAGUUGUGCUCUUUGGACAAUUUUUUGCAUAAAAGUUACUAUGUUAUUUUUUAUAGGUUGUUAUACUUAUUAAUAUAAUACAAGAAUGAAAAAUAAAAUAUUAUUCUUUUUUUAAUUAACGGAAAUAUUUAAAAUAUACGAACAGCAACUCACCAAGUUAAAUAAUUUCGUCAUUCAAAUAGACUAGAAAUAACUUAACUAAUAACUUUAAUGUGAUUAUGUAAUAAUGAUGGUAACAACAAUAAUAUAAUUAACCUCUAACACAACGCAAUAAAUAAUUUACUGAGAGCUAUAAUAAUAUAGUUAACAUUUUCUUUUUUUAUGUUAAUAAUAAUUUAGGAAUAUUCGUGCUUCUUUGUUGUUAAAAUUUAAAUCACAAAUUUAUCAAUGACCGUUAGGUUUGACUAGAAUUUAUUUUGUAAAUAUCGUUUUUCUCUUUGUAUUUUAUAUCAAUGGAACUUGAAACGUUUGAGAUAUAAAUUGAAAAUGAGUUUUUUAUUUUAA